AUGGCAACUUUUAUAUCAACCAAGCCUUACAGUAUCCAUCGUUUAACUUUGCGAAGUGCCCUUCGCCCGUCAUUUGUUACCCCUGCAAGAAAACACUCAACAAAGACCCCCCAAAAGUCAUCCUGGACACAUCCAACUUAUACACAAGAACAUGUAGUCGCCGUCGUGCCCGCACACUUAAAGCCCUCCACUUGGCAAGAUAGGGUAGCCCUCCAGAAAGUCCGUCUUCUGCGAUGGGGUAUGGACUUCGCAACUGGUUACAAAAGCGGAAGAAAGGAUGCUUCUCAGCUUAGGAUGACAGAAGAAAAGUGGCUUAGAAGGUUCAUUUUCUUGGAGAGUGUUGCCGGCGUGCCAGGUAUGGUAGCCGGAAUGCUUAGGCACCUGAAGAGUCUCAGACAAAUGCGACGAGACAAUGGAUGGAUCGAAACUCUCCUAGAAGAAGCCUACAAUGAACGAAUGCACCUCCUCACCUUCCUCCAGCUCGCCGAACCAACACCUCUCAUGCGCUUCAUGGUCCUAGGCGCCCAGUGUGUAUUUUUCAGCGGCUUCUCCCUCGCAUAUCUUAUCUCGCCCCAAAUUUGCCAUCGUUUUGUGGGCUAUCUCGAAGAAGAGGCAGUGGUUACAUACAGUAAGGCAAUUCGAGAUUUGGACAAUGGUAAACUUCCGAAGUGGGAAUCUCUGCAAGCGCCCACUAUGGCGAUUCGAUACUGGCAAAUGCCAGCUGAUCGACAGUGUAUGCGGUCAUUGUUGCUUUAUGUGAGGGCAGACGAGGCUAAGCAUUGUGAGGUUAAUCACACUCUUGGAGAUUUGGAUCAGAAUUUGGAUCCAAAUCCUUAUGCUUUACAGGUUAAGGAGCGUUUACAACAGGUUUCCCAUGGCACACAAGUGUCUAGCGUGAGAGGGGAUUGA